UCCAAUCCGAAGGUCUUACGUUGAAAUAAAUACAAUAUCGGUUGAAAUGGAUCGUUGGUUGAAUCGCGUUGCCGUUGUUACAGGCGCCAGUUCUGGCAUCGGCUCGGCCUGCUGCAAGGACCUGGUGGCCAAGGGCAUGGUUGUCGUGGGAUUGGCCCGUCGGGAGGAGCGUUUGAAGCAGCUGAAGGAAUCUUUGCCAGCAGAUCAACAGGCUCGCUUCCAUGGCCACAAGUGUGACGUCAGCGUGGAGCAGCAGGUGGUCGACGCUUUCGCCUGGGUGGAAGAGGCCCUCGGAGGAGCGGACGUAUUGGUUAAUAAUGCGGGAAUUAUCACCGGCUCUCUGCUUACGGAUGAAGGCAACGGCGCUGACGUGCGUUCCGUUCUGGACACCAACGUCCUGGGAUUCGUCUGGUGCGCUAGAGAGGCUUUUAAAUCGCAGCAGAAGCGCGAUGUCACUGACGGCCAUGUGGUGGUUAUCAACAGCGUUGUGGGCCACAAAAUUCCUCACAUACCUGGAUUUAACUUCAAGAUGUAUGCUCCAUCCAAGUUCGCUGUCACCGCUAUGGUGGAGAUCCUGCGACAGGAGUUCCAGCUGAAGAAUACACAGACAAAGAUUACUAGCAUUAGUCCCGGAGCCGUCGACACAGAGAUCGUUGAUGAAAAAAUCAAGGAGAUAAUGCCAAACUUCCCAAUGUUGCGUGCCGAGGAUGUUGCCGAUGCAGUUUCCUAUUGUAUCCAGACUCCUCCCAAUGUGCAGAUCCAUGAGCUGACCAUCAAACCAAUCGGUGAAGCGUUUUAGAUGAUACUUUAACGGAAUUGGACUUUUUAAGAACUCCAACGCGAGUAAUAUCACUAACCAUACAACAUAUGUUGUAUGGUUAGUGGUAAUAUGCAUCAUGAGUAUGAGAAUGGAAAGUGGAUACCACGCCAAUACACGGAUUGAUGUAAAUAAAAAACUAAGCUUGUAUACACACAGAAAAUAAACAAAGAUAUUACCAAUGUCGAAACAUUUGAUUGGCAUAAACACUCAUUGAUUUUCAGUAUUUCCUUGUAGAGUUAAUAAAUAGCUAUAGUUUUCAAUUGCAA